AUGAUUAGCCGGGUGUACAACAAGCAGAUGCUAUCACCUGAACUGGGAGUAAAACAUCGUUGGGGGUGCCUGUGGCUCACCUACACUGUAAACACUUUCCAGUCUUCUAUAACCGGUAAUUUGACAGCCUACGAGACCAUGGGGUUUGAAGAACACUCUCUCAUUCCUGUCAUAUCUAUCGUAUCCAAUGUCAUAAGCGCAGUGGCUUAUAUGGUCUUCCCCAAGAUACUCAACCUGUGGAAUAGAAGUUAUGGGUAUCUUGCUUGUUGUGUUUUGGCCGAAUUGGGACUGGUGUUGAGUGCUGUGUGCACAGAUAUCUACACCUACUGUGCUGCUCAAUUAUACGUUUUAGGUGAAGGUUUAAUGAUACGUUUUCGUCCACCUGAUCAUUCAAUAGGAUGGAUGAUUUUCACUCAAAUAUUCAUAGCUUUCGGUGAUUCUUCUUUCACUUGUGUUGAAGAAGUAGCUGUAUUAGCAGCUGGUAGUCAUAAUGAUUCAGCUGCAAUGUUAGCUUUUUUAAGUUUAUUUGGUUAUUAUGGUGGAGCAGUUGGUAAUUCUAUUUCAGGACUGGCCCUAGAACCCCUGUCUGGACUGACUCAGGGUUCAUAUUGUAAACAAGUCAUUGCAUAA